UCUCAAAUCUACUUCCAUUCAACAACACCAAAAAGAUUUUAUUUUAUACACAGCAGCCAAAAUCCACACUCUGUCAUAGCAAAGGCUUAUCUUUUUCUUUGUAUUACCGUAACUUCAACUUUACAGCUCAAACUUCAACCUUUUUGUGUAUAACUGUGAAAUGAACGUUGGGUACUCACUUGCAGAUCGAAUCUAGCAUUUUCAGGGAGCAUUUCUCAUUGCUGGUUUCUUGGUGUCACAUCUUGUUUACUGUAUGUCCAAGGGAACUGCAGCGCAGCGUAGUCUGUCAGAUGUUCUUCAGUAGCCUUAUUAUGCUUGACCAGCGCCGAGAUGGGCGGCUUCUCUUUGAAAAUUCAGGAGCUGUUGUUUUCAAGUUUGCUGUUGUUUUGCAUUUUCUCAAGAGUUGCGCUAGCUCUCAGUCCUGAUGGUCAAGCGCUUGUCAACUUUAGGAUCUCAGUACUUGGUUCAGAUGGUGUUCUUAAGCAGUGGAGACCAGAAGAUUCUGACCCAUGUGGCUGGAAAGGAGUACUUUGUGACCCAAAAUCAAAGAGAGUUGUAUCAUUAAUCCUCCCUGAUCACAAGCUGAGUGGAUCUAUAUCGCCAGAUAUUGGGAAGCUAGACCAGUUGCAGUUUCUAGCUCUUCAUGACAAUAAUUUCUAUGGGACAAUACCUCCUGCAUUGGGAAAUUGUACAAAGCUGAAAUCUUUGUUUCUACAGGGUAAUUAUUUAAGCGGAUGGAUUCCUGAUGAGUUGGGGAACCUUCCUAAGCUUGAGAAUCUAGAUCUUUCAAGCAACUC